AUGGACUCUCUCGCGCGUCAGUCGGCGAAGAUUUGCCCCUUCGUCAGUAGAGUGACCUCAUCCAUGCAGCAGGUGCAGGUUCUGCACAAGACCAACAUGUCGGCGAUGGCUCAGCAAUGCCCGGUGAUGCGGAGGGCGAUGGCGGCUCGCGGCUACGUGACGGCCUCGCCACCGGCGGGGGCCGCAGCGGCGGACGUCGGAGAGGCGCGGCCUAUUACGCCGGUGCUGGAGCGCGGCACGCAGGAGCGGACGUUUGACUACGACGGACUGUUCGAGACGGAGUUGCAGAAAAAACGCCUCGACAGCUCGUACCGGUUCUUCAACAACAUCAACCGGCUGGCAAAGGAGUAUCCGAUGGCGCACCGGCUGGAGGAGGAAGACAAGGUGACUGUAUGGUGCUCUAACGACUAUUUGACGUACUCGCGCAACGAGAAGGUCAUGGAGACCAUGAAGCGCACGAUCGACAAGUACGGCGCGGGAGCCGGUGGCACACGGAACAUUGCCGGCCACAACCGCCACGCCAUGCGGCUUGAGGCGGAGCUGGCCGCCCUGCACAAGAAGGAGGGCGCCUUAGUUUUUUCAUCGUGUUUUGUUGCAAACGAUGCGGUGCUCUCGCUGCUGGGACAAAAGAUGCCGAAUAUGGUGAUUUUCUCUGACGAGAUGAACCAUGCGUCUAUGAUCAUGGGCAUUAAGCAUGCGAACGUGCAAAAGCACAUUUUCCGUCAUAAUGACUUGCAGCAUUUGGAGGAGCUCUUAGCGAUGUACCCAAAGUCGCAGCCGAAAUUGAUUGCGUUUGAAUCGGUGUACUCGAUGUCGGGUUCUGUGGCUGAUAUCCGGAAAAUUUGUGACCUUGCGGAGAAGUACGGCGCGCUUACGUUCUUGGACGAAGUGCACUCUGUUGGCUUGUAUGGCCCACACGGCGCCGGUGUUGCCGAGCACCUUGACUUUGAAGCCCACCGCAAGGCGGGGCUUGCCUCUCCUGCACAGACCACUGUUCUUGACCGUGUUGAUAUGAUUACCGCCACUCUGGGCAAGUCUUUUGGUUCAGUUGGCGGGUACCUUGCCGCCUCAGAGAAAUUGGUGGACUUUGUUAGAUCUUAUGCUCCUGGUUUCAUUUUCACUAGUUCGUUGCCUCCUGCCGUCAUGGCUGGAUCGGCUGCUGCUGUCUUCGACCAGCGUUCCAGCUUGCAUCUAAGGCAGUUGCAACAAAAGCAUACGUCUUACGUUAAAACUGGUCUUGGCGAUUUGGGCAUUCCUGUUCAGCCUAAUCCUUCUCACAUUGUCCCGGUACUUGUCGGGAACCCUGACUUGGCCAAGCGUGCUUCCGACAUUUUGAUGGAGAAGCAUCGCAUCUACGUACAGGCCAUCAACUUCCCUACCGUUCCACGCGGGACCGAGAGACUCCGUAUCACUCCUACUCCAGGCCACACGAACGACCUGUCGGAUGUCCUAUUGGACGCCAUGGAUGACGUCUGGAAGACACUACAGCUUCCACGUGUCAGCGAUUGGGCUGCGCACGGUGGCUUAUUGGGUGUCGGUGAACCAGACUAUGUACCAGAGGCCAACUUGUGGACCGAGGAGCAGAUGUCCUUGACGAAUGACGACCUACACCCUAGUGUUUUCUCUCCCGUUGAGAAAUUCCUAGAAGUGUCUUCUGGUAUCAAGGCUUGA